GCGUAAAAGAAGAAUUUAGCCAGUGAAACCGGAAAUGUCAACUGAGUGACUACGAAGAAGACUGCGAUCUAUUUCUUUAUAAUGCAUGAUGGUUUGCUGAUUUAAGACGAGAACAACUUAUAGUGUCAAAACAGAAGCAAUCUGCGAAUAUGACAAAUGUGUACUCCUUCGACGGCAUCCUGGUGUUUGGGUUGCUGUUCAUCUGUACUUGUGCGUACCUCAAAAAGGUACCGCGCCUCAACAGCUGGCUGCUGUCAGAGAAAAAAGGAGUGUGGGGUGUCUUCUACAAAGCUGCAGUAAUUGGGACGCGACUCCACAUUGCUGUGGCGAUGUCCUGUUUGGCCAUGGCUUUCUAUGUGGUCUUUUUGAAAUGAUAGCCAACUGGACAGUAAUGGUGUGGGCAGAUUCGGGCUGGGAAUGGACUCAUUUUUGUGGUCAUCUGCUUAUCCUUGUUGGAAAACACUUGCGGGAUUAUGUGACCGAUGAAGCCCCACUGCCCUAUGGACCCGUGUGAAAGACUAGCCAGUGCUGCCCCCUUCUGGUGACUGGGUACAUUGCUCCUUCCCUUAAAAAAUGCUUGCGCACUACAGAUAUGAAGGGCAUACUGAAUCUGCUGCACCGUUACAACAGAGGAAAAAGUCUUUGAUCACAUGGUAUCAUUCUGUACUUGGGUAACACUGUUUUUUGUCUCCAUCAACACCCAUAAUGGUUUAUAUUGAAUGAUACAAGGUCAAUGGGCCAUGUGUUUAUUAUACAUUCUAGUUAUACACAACCUAAAAUUAGCCUACCUGUAUAUAUUUGUAAAAAAAUGACUAGUAGAGAUUUGCUGGGGGGUUUGUGUGAUCAUCUGAUCAAUUCAGCUUUCUCCUAUUUGUUUUUCAGUAUCGAUCUUUCUGUGUUAGGGUUGAAGGAAAGAUAAAGAAAUCUAAUAUAUGAA